GGAAGAAUAAGCCCGGCUCUAAGGUACUUAUGAAUAACGCAGUCCAAUGUAUAUAAGGAUAUAUAUUAUAUAAGGACCAAUAAGAAACUUCAGCAAUCAUCCAUCGAGUCAGACGACAUCUUCUUGAACAAGGCAUCUCAUAGAAAUGAAUAUUCUGGGGUUUCUAUUUUUCGUUUCUGUUUUACAGUUUCUGACCUUCACAUGUGGAUUGCCACAUCUCGGCAGCUGCACGUUCAAAGAUUAYACUCUGAAGAUGCGUUCGUGUACAACCGAGUUCUUCAAGAACAUGACAAGCGACCCUAAAGGGCCUUGCAGGCCCAAGUUCACGGCUCUCAAAUAUUGCGCGGUGAAGAAACUCAAACCAUGCGUGCCAUCGCUAAGUGGGAAGGAAACCAUUCAAGAUGUGGUGGAACAAAACUUCAAGGAAAAGACAUACUGUGAGAAUGCAGGGAUAGAGUUUGCCACACUUUAUCCUAAAGUCAGUUCAGUCCCGUGUGAUCAGGCGUAUUAUCAUGAAGUACCAGGAUGCUAUAAUAUGACGUUAAAGCUGUGGCGAGAGAACAAGUCUGACAAAAGACUUUGCUGUGAGUAUGCCAAGGCUAAAUUGUGUGACAAAUACCUCAUYGCGGUUCACUGCAUUGUUUUCCGCGCCUACCGUGAAGCAAAAGAGUUGGUAGAUUUACAUUAUGAUGAUUAUAACCCGUUCUGUGUGCCAUCAACCCUAAAAACAACCAAUACUGUAUGGAGUAUUUCGCACCAGCGUAGCUUUGUCACCGGCUUGUUGCCGUACUCGCUCGUGGUCAUCAUUGGAUUCCAUGUGCUCCUAUGCUGAUACUUCGAGUUUUUACUUGCAACGUAUUUUAUCUUGUCAUAUUUUUCAUCUAAGUACUAAUAAUACUGUGGCGUUGUCYCUUCAACUAGCGACUAUUUAUCUAAGGACAAUAAGCUGGGUCUCUUUCAGUACCAUUUCUUUGAAUUUUUUUAGAUACAGUCAAUUCAAAAAAUGUUGUCGUCGACCAACUCAAGCCUACGCGACUGGACCGAAAGGAACUCUGGGUAGCAAUCAUUGAAGCCGAAUUGACUC